UUGAUUUGGUUUAUUUUCGUCAUUUCAUUCGUUUUGUGAAGUGUAUUAAAAUAUACAGUUGAAGACUUACGAAAUUCUUUGUAUCCUUGAACUUAAUAGAUUGGUUUCAAAUCCAAAUGCAAAAAACGUGUUAGUUUUUAAUUUACGAUAAAACGAUUUCGAUCGAUGAAAAUCCUUUGUAUGAAUUUCGCGCUUUGUUCUUGUAAAAGUUAUUUUUACGCAUUUGCAGCAAAGUCGAGAAUAUGUAGAUGAUAAUAAAUUAAGCGUAGUAUACAAUUUUUCAACUCGAAAUCAAUCGCAGUAAAUGUAAAAGUGAUAAGCAAAAACAAAUUAAAAAUGGCUCACUUUAGUCGACGCGAUACUACGUAUAGCGCCCUAGACAAUGAAACGUCUCCGCCUUUAGCUCAUUUGGCAGAUUCUACAAAUGCUGCCCCUAUGAUGCUAACCCUGGACCAUGAACAUGAAGACGCUACUAAUGUUAUCAUCCAUAAAGUACCAAAAAACAAAGGAGGAUGGACUCAUAUAGAAGAUCUAGACUCUUUCUUCACAAGAAUGUAUCAUUACUACAUAAGAGGAGGAUUUUACCCAAUGAUUAUGUCAGAUUUCUUUUACUUAUUGCAAUUUGUUUUCAUCAUAUGGUUUUCAACAUUUUUGGUGCACUGUGUCAAAUAUCCUGUUCUAUUCAGAAAUGACCCAAAUGCAAACAGGAGUGAAAAACUUAGUUUAAAUGAUGUUAUAUAUUCAUGUUCAGAAUGUGUUGGAUUUAUUUCUUGGCACUGGUGGUGCCUCAUCAUGUUAUGUUCUAUAAUUUGGAUAAUGAGACUAGUCUUAUCAAUAUAUCAUUUAUAUUAUGCAUAUGAUACAAAAUUAUUUUAUAAUAAUGCACUUAAAAUAAAAGAUAGUGACUUAGUAUGGGUAAGCUGGUCAACAGUCCAAGACAGGGUCCGGGAAGCUCAGCCCGAACAUCACAUGUGUGUCCACAAACAGGAAAUUAAUGAGUUAGAUAUCUAUCAUCGAAUCCUUAGGUUUAACAACUACAUGGUAGCCAUGGUUAACAAAAGUUUACUGCCACUACAGAUACAUGUGCCUUUUGUGGGUGAUUUCCACUACUUGUCUAAAGGUUUAAAGUGGAAUUUGGAAUUUCUUUUAUUCUCUAGUCCGUGGAGUCCCUGGGAGAACUGCUGGCAGCUGCGGGAGUGCUACAAAGACCAUUCGAAGCGGAUGAUAUUGGCUCGUCAGCUGGAGAGGCAGAUCCUGUUCCUGGCACUGAUUAAUUUAUUACUGACACCGCUUAUACAGGCUUGGCAGAUUCUAUAUUUCUUCUUCAACUAUGCAGAGCUAAUAAAGCGGUCGCCGGGCUCGCUCGGGCUGCGCACUUGGUCGCUGUACGCGCGCGUGACGCUGCGGCACUUCAACGAGCUGGAGCACGAGCUGCGCGACCGGCUCAACCGCGCGCACAAGCCCGCCACCAAGUACCUGGCCAGCUUCUCCUCGCCCAUCACCACGGUUAUCGCCAAGAAUGUGAUGUUCUUCUCGGCGAGCGUGCUGGGCGUGCUGGUGAUGCUGUCGGUGUACGACGAGGACGUGCUGACGGUGGAGCACGUGCUGACCAUCAUCACCAUCCUGGGCUGCGUACUGGCCGGCGCCAGGGCGUUGAUCGGCGAGGAGGAGCGGUUGUCGGGCGGGUGCGCGGGGCCGGCGCGCGGCGAGGAGCUGUUCGUGCAGGUGCUGGGCCACGUGCACUACCUGCCCGCGGCGUGGCGCGGCCGCGCGCACACCAAGGACGUGGCCGCGCACUUCCAGCAGCUGUUCCAGUUCCGAGCGGUGUACAUCCUGUUCGAGGUGUUGAGCCCGCUGCUCAGCCCGCUCGUGCUGUACCGGCUGCGCUCGCGCGCGCUCGACAUCGUCGACUUCUACCGCAACUUCACCGUCAGCGUGCUGGGCAUCGGCGACGUGUGCUCCUUCGCGCAGUUGGACAUCCGGCGCCAUGGACACCCCGAUUGGCAGGCCCCUGGCAAACAUGCUGAAAAAGCGAAAGGCAACACGCAGUACAACCAAGGCGAGGGCGGCAAGACGGAGCUCUCGCUGGUGGCGUUCUCGUGCCGGCACCCCGGCUGGCAGCCCGCCGAGCCCGCGCAGCGCCAGUUCCUGCGCUCGCUGCGCCAGAGCAUGCACCACGCCGUGCCCGCCAACAACGCGCUGAACAAAACGAUGCUCGGAUCGUAUAUACAGCAGAGCAUAUUUGGCACCAACACUCCGUUGCCUGCUGUGCUCUCCUACUACCAGCAGCGGCAGCCAUAUAGAUUACCCGAUAUGGAUGAGACCAGCGACGAGGAGGAGGAAGGGCCGGGGUCGGCGGUGAGCAGCGCGCGCGUGAGCUCGCGCUCGUUCGGCCUCGCGGGCGCCAGCAGCGGCCUCGGGGCCAGCGCGCUCGGCCUCGUGCCCGCCGACGCGCCCGCCGACGAGACACGCGACAUGUCCGUCAGCACGCUGCACCUUUACGAUCUGCACAUCUCGCACGCCUCGCCGUCGGUGGCGGCUUGUUGCGUGAACAACUGCUCGGACCGGCAGGGCCGCUGGGAGCAGGGCGAGCAUACGCCGCUCCUUCACCACCCAUAACGCCGGUCGCCGCCGCUGCCCCGCCCCGCCCCGGUCUGGGUAUAGACACGGUUCCCUACCGCACUUCGACAAGGGACCGCCGCUCACUCUACCUAUACUCUGUAUCUUUAAGUAUUUAAAUAAAAAUAAACAAUAUCUACCUUCAAAUUGCUCCUUAGCCGGUUGAGGGUAGAUGAAAACAUUACACGAUCAAAUAAUGUAGGUUAAAGUCAGGCCGUUCAGUUCAGUGACUGAUCCAGGCGGUUUUGUAAUUGGUCGGUUAACCAAUAAAUGUUAUAACUUCCCGAAAAUGUACAAAUUGUUUGUUUACUUUUAUUUAAAUACCUAAAGAUACAGAGUAUGGCUAAUGAAUAAUAAUGAAACUUGAAAUCACAUUUCGUUGACGAUUCAAUACGCAUUGACGAUUGUUUCAUUAUUAAUCAUCGCCAAUAAGAAAUAUAAUCGUGCUGCGCUGUCAGUGAGCACCCUUCCGUAAGACUCGUAUGUGAACGUCUGCCGUCGUUAACUAUUCAGGACUUUAGUAACCGUGUAAAUAUUGUAUACAUUUAAUUAGGUGUAGUAUAAAUGUAAUUGUAUAAAAAAGUAACAUACCUUGCGAUUUAAAUGCAAGAAAAUCAUUUUAGUAACGUUUUACGUUACAUAAGUAAUUUUGAGGCGGCCGGCUAAUACAUUGUUUCUUGAUUAUUGGAUUUAUGAAAAACUGCUCCACAACCGACGUGGCAAAUUUUUGUUUUUCGCUAUAUUUUAUGCAUAUGUAUUUCACUAUACCUCCAUUUUCGCCGUUAAGUUUAUACUAAUCUAGAUAUGAAUUACCUCUACAAUUAAGCAAUGUUUCUAAUUGACCAAAUUAUCUAUAAAUGCUAUGAACUUUUUUGGUUGUCUAAUAGGGACUUGAAAUAUUCGACAGUUGUUGUAAUACCAAAACAUAAUUAUUAAUACCAGACUAGUGUAUUAUGAUAUUUAUGAUGCAAUAAUAUAAUUAUUUUAUGAAUGACCUUUAGACAAUUUUAACACUCGUACCAGAGGAACCAAAUCAAUAACAUUGAAAGAUGAUAUAAUUCUAAUACAAUUAUUUUAUUUACUUUAUUUUUUUGUCGAUAUAAUGUGUUCCAAUACACAUCCAAGUCUUUUCUCAAUCAAUUCAUUGAUAUUAAUAAAAUACAAAAGCUUAGAGUAAUAUAACUUUCUUUAUGAAACUACACAACGGGCCUUAAUC